GUCGAUGAAUCUUUUGUCAUCUCUAACAUAAAGUUUCCCGCAAAACGGGUUUGCAUUCGUGAUUGAACCAGUGCAACUCUCUCCGCAGACGGUGCACCCGAAAGACCAAGAAAACUUUCAGGGACGAGUUGAGGAAUCCGAGCACAAGACUUCAGCUGGAGAAAUGGAUGGAGAGCACGACAUUUCAGAGACAAUUCCGCUGGAAGCGAAUGGAACAAGCAAAAAGCAAGAAUCCGAGCAUGAAGAAGCUGACGAGAAAACUACGGAGGAAAUUCUGGAUAGGACCUUGCUUUGUGGUUGGGGAAAAUGGCGGCCGAACUUCCUGCAGCCUCUGUCAAGACCAAGUGUCUUCCUCGUAGUUCUGGUUGUUUAUGCUAUGACAGCAGGGAUAGUAUCUGGUCUGACUGGAGUGAAUUUGCCUGAUAUUGAAAAAGAAUUCGGGUUUAGCAGCAAGAAGUCCGCAGUUAUCCUUCUCGCAAAUGACAUUGGAGGAAUACUGAUGCUGCCUUUUGUAAGCUUUUAUGGUACUCACGCCAAAAAACCAAAAUGGAUAGGCAUUGGUGCCAUUAUAACAGGUAUUGGUGCACUGCUGAUGAUCUUGCCAAAAGUAAUGAUUGGCAACUAUUCUAUUCCUGGCCUCACAAACAAAGGAUCAAAUCUCUGUAACAUUGUUCUCAAUGGGCAGUCUGCAUUAGCGGCAAGCUGUAGUGGACCACAAGGUUAUGGAUCAGCUGACAAGUACCUGGCAUUAUUUUGCUUUGCACAAGUCGUUAUUGGUUUAGGAGUCACACCAGUUUGGCCUCUCAGUCCUGUAUACCUGGAUGAAAAUGUGAACCCUAAAAUGUCCCCAAUAUACCUUGGCGUAUGGUUUGUUUCUGUGUUUCUUGGCCGUGGUUUGGGAUAUGCUAUUGGUGGCACCUUUUCAAGGUUUUUCACAAACCUUGCUUUACCCGCAGGUAUAACCUUAUCAAGAAUGGAUCCUCGUUGGAUUGGGGCCUGGUGGCUUGGCUUCUUCGUUUUUGCAUGGUUUGCAAUCAUUUCUGGCGUCUUUCUCCUAUGCUUCCCACGCGAGAUGCCAAAAUAUCGUAAAAAGCGACUUGAAGCUAUGGAUGCAGGCAAACUUCGACCAGCAAACAAGGAAAUUGGCAAAGGACUGAAAGGUCUAUUGAGGAGCCUGAUUGAUCUUCUCAAGAACAAGACAUAUGUCUUUUCUUGCCUUGGCCUUACAGUAAAAAUUAUAUUUGCUGCCGCACUUGGAGGGUUCUACACAAAAAUUAUUGUUCUCAAAUUUGGUGGUAGUUUGUCACAAGUUUCAUUACUGUCAGCAGCUGUAUUCAUUCCAGCAAAUACCAUUGGUGUUGCUUUUGGAUCAUUUCUAAUGAAGAAGCUGUCAAUAGCCAACUCUCCAAAGAGAGCAUCACAGUAUCUCAUCGUGACUGGGGUGUUUCUGACAAUAUUUUCGUCAGUUUGGUUGCUGCCAGGCUGCAAGUCAACAAACAUUGUUGGAGCAGCCAUACCUUAUCAAAAAUCCAACGAAAUUGGCAGAAUCACAUCACAAUGUAACUCUGGCUGUGGCUGUUCAAGACGUUCAUAUGAACCAAUGUGUGGAAAAGAUGGCUACACAUAUUUCUCGCCAUGUUUUGCUGGUUGCCAGUCAAAAGUUAAAGGGGGAGCUAGCAACUGCACAUGUGUAUCUAAUGGCAUGUCGAGCAAUCAAACAACUCCAACAUUGCGUAACUCAACUUACACAGCAACAUCUGGUAGUGAUGCAUCAGUUACAGCGGGUCGUUGUGAUCGAAACUGCAAAAACCUUGUUCUUUUUCUGACUCUCUGCGCUUUAAACCUGAUGGUGUCAUUUAGUGGCUCAAUCCCACAGAAAAUGUUGACGCUAAGAUGUGUAGCAGAUAACCAGCGUGCAUUUGGACUUGGAAUGCAGAUCAUGUUUCUGCGUUUGCUCAGCUUUGUGCCUGGUCCUCUUAUCCUUGGUUCAAUUAUUGAUUCGAGCUGCCUCCUUUGGGGAAAGGAUGACUGCAAUCUAAUUUUUGCCACAACACUUUCCAGCAACGAAAUUGGCAGAAUCACAUCACAAUGUAACUCUGGCUGUGGCUGUUCAAGACGUUCAUAUGAACCAAUGUGUGGAAAAGAUGGCUACACAUAUUUCUCGCCAUGUUUUGCUGGUUGCCAGUCAAAAGUUAAAGGGGGAGCUAGCAACUGCACAUGUGUUUCUGAAGGCAUGUCGAGCAAUCAAACAACUCCAACAUUGCGUAACUCAACUUACACAGCAACAUCUGGUAGUGAUGCAUCAGUUACAGCGGGUCGUUGUGAUCGAAACUGCAAAAACCUUGUUCUUUUUUUAACUCUCUGCGCUUUAAACCUGAUGGUGUCAUUUAGUGGCUCAAUCCCACAGAAAAUGUUGACGCUAAGAUGUGUAGCAGAUAACCAGCGUGCAUUUGGACUUGGAAUGCAGAUCAUGUUUCUGCGUUUGCUCAGCUUUGUGCCUGGUCCUCUUAUCCUUGGUUCAAUUAUUGAUUCGAGCUGCCUCCUUUGGGGAAAGGAUGACUGCGGAAACCAAGGAAAUUGCUUGGAAUAUGACGUGGACAAGCUUUCUAAACACUUUUUCACGUUUUCUAUCAUAGCAGCAAUUUCAGCUACCAUCAUGUAUUUCCUGGCUUGGUAUUUCUACAUCCCCCAGCAAAUAGUGCUAGAUGAGAGGCAACAGAAUAAUAACGAAAAUGCCGAUCUUAUUGAAGAUACAAAGGAAAAGGCAUGAGUUGUCCUGCCAGUCAAACAGGAUUUUUACGGAACGCUGAAUUUUUUUUGCGCCUUCAUUUUUUUAAAAGCUGUAACUAGAUAAACAUAAGUGUCCAUUUUUAACAGUAUUAUAUCUAGGACACAAUUACGAAUUUUGAACCAACAUAAGCAAAAAAAUUGAAUUAAAAUCUAAAUUCAAGUUUUUUAAUGUAGCAUAAAAGAGUUAUAAAUCAGGUCAUCUUUAAUUCGGGGGGGUCAAGCGUUUUUAACGAGGUGUGGCAUAUUAGAAUUGAUCGCUCAGUACUAGUCAUAAACUUAAAUUUAUCAACUAAAGGUGUAUUUUAUCAACACCAAUGCUAUAAAUGAAUUUUAAGAAGCUAUUGCAAUUACAUAAUUUCGCUCAAAUCAAUCCUGAUUACUUCUAUUCCGCCUCACGUCAAUUUUCACAAUCGUUAAUAGCACAGCUGUUUGUGUGCAAAGAUCAUGUGAUCAAAGCAACUGGCAUCUCAAAAGAAAUGGUGUGCAAUUUGACUCUCUAAGACGGGUCCCUUUAUAAGGCAGGGAGGGUGGUAGGAUGGAAAAUAUAUCCUUGCUCUUAACGAAAUCUAGUAAAAUGCAGGGUCCUUGGCAGGGGUGUAACUACCAGGUUGGGGCAAUGAUACCCUUGGUACCAGAGCCUCUCAUUAUUUUUUAAUAUUAUUUUUUAAUUUUUGCGGCUCUGGUACCCAGGGUGGGGCAAUGAGCGUUUGACGUUCCCCAAUUUUUCAUGAUUAGUUCGGCAAAGCCUCAUUUCGUCGGUAACUUUACCAAAGAUAGAUGAAAUAACGUCUAAAUCUUGUCUUACCAAUAUCUUUGUCGGUAAAUUACACUAUUGCUGACCCGCCAUCCCCCUUGUCUGGAGAAUGAAGUAAUGCCAUUGAUCCUCGGUGCUCGUGUUUCGUACGUUCCUAGACAGAAAUGUUGAAAAAAAGAAAUAUUGUUCGCCAUAAAUAUGCAAUAAAAUACUUCCACUGUGUAUUUUUAGUUAUUCUGAUAAGAACUAAAUAGGAAUGAAUCUUCAAAAAGCAUUAACGUAGUUGUUAGUGUGUAGUAGUAAUUUACAUCGUAAGAAAGCUGAAAGUUUCUAUCCUAAGUUGCAAUGUCUGUUUGAAGAGGACGACUUUAAUUUGUAACGGUUGAUAAAUAUUCUUGUUUUGGUAAGACAACAUUCAGCUCAUAUUUCUGUUUAUGGUAAUACAAUUUUAAGCCCAUGCUUUCUUGAUGGAAUUAAGCUUUACAAGAGACAUGUGCAAGACCCGAAAUAAA